CCAAAUACAGGCACCAUGACCGGUCUCUUCUUGUUUGUCUUAAUCUCGUCAUUUAUGGAUCAUUCCAAGGCUGCAGUAAAACCGUGGGUGACUUUGGAUCCAGACUGGAAGAAGAUAUUCAGAGGAUCAUCAGUGACUCUGACCUGUAACAGCAAAUACACUGGAUGGGAAAUACAGGACUAUAAAUGGUACAAAGACAAUGAACCAAUGUAUGUAAAUCAGCGGACACUGACAAUUGAUUCUGCUAAGAUGAGAGACAACGGUAAUUACCAGUGUGAGACAACAGACAGUGAGAGAAGUGAUCAUGUCAGGCUGGAUGUUAGUGACGGUUUGCUGAUUCUUCAGGCACCUGUGGCUGUGUAUGAAGGGGACACACUGACUAUGCAAUGUUUGGGUCGGAAUAAAUAUUUUGAGAAAGAUUCAUCAUUUUAUAAGUAUGAGAAAAGGCUCUCAUCGACGGGUUCUGUUCUUCGUCUACAAAAUGUAAACAGCAAAAUGUCCGGACAGUACAAAUGUACAAGAGAAAGAGCGACAAUAUUAUCUUACAAAAAAGAAGAUGCUUGGACAUCUUUAUCUGUUUCUGAUCUGUUCUCCGUUCCGGUAAUAAAGUUGGUCCAGUCCCCGGUGAAGGAAGGAGGUGACAUGACCCUGUCAUGUGACACAGCGCUGGCUCCACCCAGACAGGACACAGGGCUGCGAUUUGCUUUCUACAGAGAUGAGCGGACUGUGCAGGACUUCAGUGUAUCCACUAUAUACAGCGUUCUGUCAACGCAGCUGGGGCAUUCUGGGUAUUAUACCUGUGAUGUCAGGACUCCCAGCGGCGGUGUGAUGAAGAGGAGCAACAUGUUAUAUAUUCACAUACAUGAGCUGUUCAAAUCACCGGAGUUACAAAUCUCUCCAUCACAAAUGGUCCUGGAAGGAGAAGACGUCAGUCUACAGUGUGUGACCACCAGUAACACAGGAGCCCGUCUCUUAUACACCUUCUACAGAGACUCGCAGGCUGUACAGGGAGCUACCGCUGACAGCCGUUAUCUCAUCCCCCAAGCUGGACAGGAGCACUCCGGUGACUAUAUGUGCUCUGUACAGUCCACGGAUGAAAGAGUGAUGAAAACCAGCACAGAUGGAAAUCUCCUGGUACAAAAGCUGUUUAAUUCACCAGAGCUACAAAUCUCUCCAUCACAAAUGGUCCUGGAAGGAGAAGACAUCAGAUUACAGUGUGUGACCACCAGUAACACAGGAGCACGUCUCUUAUACACCUUCUACAGAGACUCCCAGGCUAUACAGGGAGCUACUGCUGACAGCAGCUACAUCAUCACCCAAGCUGGAGAGGAAAACACCGGGGACUAUAAGUGCUCUGUACAGUCUAUGGGUGGGAACAUCCAGAGAAACAGCACAGACCUACAUAUCCUGGUGCAAACUGGUACAGAUCAACCUCAGAUAGAGCUCAGACCGGAAAUGGUGUUGUUGGGGGGUGAGGUUGUGCUUCUCUGUGAGUCCAGGAACGGCUCCCUACCCAUACACUACAGAUUUUACCAUGAUGGGACACUCAUAGGAAAUAGGACUGUACAUGAGAAGAAGGCAGCAGAGCUAACACUGACCAACUCCUCACUGACCAUGGCUGGACCCUAUUACUGCGACUCGGGCAAUGAGGUCUCAUCCCAGACACAGCUCAGCAACAUCAUCAGUCUCCAUGUUAUGGGCCCAUCAGCUGCAUUGUUCUACCAGACCACUGUUGAGGUGUCCAUACCACAUGUGGAAAGUUAUAUUGAGCUGACACCACCACAAUUAUCCACAUCUCUGGCUCCUGCACAGGAUUCUGAUUUUGAUCUGUCUCUUUCGGAGGAGUGCCCCAUGCCACAGCUGAUGCCAGGUGAUGAUGAAGGGGAAACCUCAACGUUGCAUUUGAGGGCCAUAUCACCAACACCACCAGAAGAAAUUCCACUCCCAGAGGAACACUCACAAACAACACCACCACCUGAAAUGAAUAGGGGCCAGGACAUACUACAAGCCAUUCAUUCCUUUGAACAAACCCAGGUUAAAAUUUUGCGCCAACAAAUGCAGCAAAAUUGCCAAAUAAAUAUCCAAGUUCGGAGGCUAACUUCAGUAUUAUCUCAAAUGAAUAACCUUAUACUGCGGCUGACUACAGCAACCGAAGCGCAAAACCAAGCAACCAAUAGAAACCAAGCAUUACAAACGCAUGCUAUCAAUGAUCUUACUCAGGCUAUCUCAGCUAUAGGUGCUCGAUUAUUACUAAAGUUACCUAUACAAUCAGGCUUUACUUCAGGUACCAGCACACCAGCAGCAAGUUCUACCCUAUCCACACCACCAAGACGUGGCUGAUCAGCUUCCCCUGCACCAUAUCCUAAAGAGAAAUAGAUAAGAUAGGUUGUGCUUUUUCUUUACUAGUUGUUUGCUUACAUUGUUUUGUUAAUGUCACAAUAUAACAAUAUAAAAAGUAUACCAAAAAAAUUGCAAGUUUAUUUUUCAAGCCAUAUGGCCUUCAAUUUCUGAUCACAAUAAAAAAAGUUUAACUUUAA